AUGGGUUCUGUUGUUAACGAAGAACGGGAUGCCACCUCACCCUAUACAGUGAAACAUGAGAAGACUUCACGUCUGACUGAGAUCUAUACGACGCAGCACGUGGAAACUCGUGUCAGUACCAUACCGGAAGACGCCGUGCCCGAGACAUGGAAACGAUCCACCGAAGUUGUAUAUCCUCAUACAAGUGUUGUGACAGCCUACAUGAACGAACCACUUCCGGGUCCUACAACUGCGCGUGGUUCUACUUAUUCUUACACUUAUGAAUCACAUCGUGAUGAGCCAACAGAAGAAAUUCAUACUGAAAAUUAUGACUCUCACGAGCUUGAUCCUGAUUUCGAGCGGACUUCUACACAGACACAAAAAGUACGUUUUUUAUAUAGGCAAAAAUCUCUUUAUAAUUUUGGGUUUGCUAGGCAAAGUAACUUUUGCAUUGCAAUAUUCGUUAUUCCAAAUUUACAGGUGACAAAGGUGACAAAAGUUACAACUACGCGGUCAGUACGGCAUCUACCUUAUGAUGUAGACGGCGAUUUUUAUUUUGAUGCAAACGGCAGCCCAAUUCCUUCUGGUGAAUUUCCACCGCUUUAUGAGAAUGUGCCUUACACCGACUCUGAACUUCUUACAUUGGGCAUUGAUUUAACUAGAGAUUCGUCACCUCUAGUAAAUGGUGUUGGUAAAUAUGAACAUAACACUGUUAAUACUUAUUUUGAGAGUGGAGGCUACACUUCUUCUGGGGUUAAUACUGAAGAUCUUCCUAGUCGGUGUGGAAUACCUCAGAUAACACGAAUUGGUAAUACUGAUAUCGAUCUCACGUGGAUUAGGCCAGAAUCUGAAGGCAAAGCAGGUCCUAUUUUAGGUUACCAGGUCGAAUUUCACGAACUUGGUACAGCAGAUUGGAGGCCGGCUCAUAACUUUUUGGCGCGAGGAACGCAAUGCACUGUAUCGGACCUAAAGCCAGAUACAGAGUAUGAGUUUCGGGUAAUGGCAGUCAACGCAGCCGGAUAUGGCUUGGUAUCAGAACCUUCAACUGUGGUUCGGUUACGUUCAGUAGUAAAGAUAGAGACCUAUGCUUCUGCUUAUAAUGUUAUGGCAGAGGACGAAAUUUACACUCGAAAGCGACCUCUAUGGCGGGGAACACCUCCUGGUCGUCCAUCCGUAGUUUCUGUUAGUGCUGAUCGAGUAAUAUUAGAGUGGGCUCCUGCGGUUGCGGAACAUGACUGCGCUCCUGUAGCUGGAUAUGAUGUGGAGUAUCGCGCUGCCGAGAGCGAAUUAUGGACGCAGUCAAAUGAUCGUUUAAUUGAUACUUGCCAGUAUGAGGUGCAAAACCUAAGACCAAAUGGAGAAUAUGAGUUUCGUAUUUUUGCACGUAGCGCAGAUGGUGUUUCUGACCCUAGCCCUUCGUCUGGAUUGAUCAGAGCAAGACCAUCAGUGCCAACUCGAGCUCCCACUCAACUAAUGUGGUCAGAUGUUUGCCCUCCAGGACAGCCCCAACAUCUAAGGUCGAAUUCUACAUACGAGUUUCGUGUCUUCGCAAAUCUGCGCGGCUGCAUAUCUCAGCCAUCACCUGUUUCUGAAAUUAUACAACUGCGGCCUACUGCGCGGAGCGAUAACAUGGGUUAUACGGUGCCCUCGAAACCUAAGCCUCCAGAGUACGCCAAUUUUAAAGGGGGUGAUAGAGUCACACUUUGUUGGUAUCCCGCUGAAAGUUCUUUGCCAAUUCAGGGUUACGAUGUUGAGUUUCGUGAUUAUCAACAGGAUACAGCAUGGUACAAAGUUAAUGAAUUGCUGAUUCGAUCUUGCAAAAUGACAAUUGGCGAUUUGAUACAUGGCCAUGAGUACCAGUUUCGUUUGAUCGCAAAAAAUGCUGUUGGUUUUUCCCUCCCUUCUGAUCCUUCACCACCUAUUGUGAUUGGAGUGCCGCAGGAUGAAGAAGACGUGAAAUUUGUUGAAGCUGAAAGGCACGGGACUGUUCCACUUUUACAAGAAGAAAUGGUUCGUGAAUCCCCUCCUCUUCCGGAGCACGAUGAUUCUCCUCCACCCAUUCGGAGAACUCCCCGCACUGACGUACACUGGAGAGAUCCCACUUUGAAGGAAGUUAUUGAGUAUUUGGACAGCAACGAUAAAGUUGAACAAUUGAAUGCAUCUGGUUAUCUGCAGCAUUUAACUUACAAUGAUAACGUCAUAAAAGAAGAAACAAGGGAAUUGAAAGGUAUUCCGAAGUUGGUUCGCUUACUUGGCAGUGAUGUGUCGGAAAUACAAAAAAAUGCGUGUGGUUGCUUGAAAAACCUUUCUUUCGGCAAAGAGAAUGACGUAAAUAAGGUCUCAAUUGCAAAUGCUGGUGGUUUGGAGGCACUGGCUAACUUAAUAAUGCACACCCCUGAUGCUUUUGUACGUGAAGAAGCUACUGCAGCUUUGUGGAACCUUUCUAGUUGUGAUGAAUUAAAGGAGCAAAUGCUGGAACAAUCUGCGGAAGCAAUCGUUCAAAGAGUAGUUAUUCCUUUAUCAGGGUUGGACCGACCGAACGGUGUAGAUCCUGAAAGGAAUUAUAAUAGCAACAUAUUUAUGAAUGGCACAGGGGUGCUUAGAAAUGUGUCAGCCGCGUCGCCAAAAGCUCGUAAAGCUUUGCGAGCUUUCCCAUAUCUGAUCGAGGCUUUGGCAUGUUACCUUGGACAGGCAGUAAGCAAUGGGUUAUUUGAAGUACGUUCAGUCGAAAAUGUUGUUUGCAUUCUAAGGAAUUUGAGCUACAGGUUUGAUCCUUUCUUUUGCUUGUAUUCCUUAUUAGCGGAAUUAUCUGUGUUAGAAUUCACAUAUAUUUUUCUGGUUGGAGAGGAGGACGUGGGGAAUACGGUUGGGAGUAAUUACAGGGUGCAAGAAGUGGUUGAUUCGAAUUACGGUCGUGAUGUGCCUGAUACUGGUAAAAGGCCAGCUGAAAGGAGUAAGUCAGCUCCUUCUGGUAGUCCCAAGGCAAAAAGGAAAGAUACGAAAAAGAAAAAGAAUAAGGUGGAACAUACAAAUAGCCAGAGUUCGUUGAGAAGUGUAAGACAUUUUGUAUCAGUUGCUUACUUUUUGUAUUUGGUUUAUCUGGUGGCUGAGAGGAUAUGGGAUCCAUCGCUUGUGAGGUUAUAUCUGAAACUUUUGCAGGAAUCAUUGAAUCAUGAAAUUUUAGAGGCUUCUGCUGGGGCUAUACAGAAUUUGGCUGCUUGUGAAUUUGAACCUUCUGCUGCCGUGCGUGCUUGUGUUCGCACAGAAAAAGGACUCCCAAUUCUUGUAAAACUGUUGGGCCUUAAUGACGAUAAAGUUGUAUGCGCGGUCACUACAGCAUUGAGGAAUCUCUCUUUAGAUUCACGUAAUAGAGAGUUAAUUGGAAAAUAUGCUAUGAAGGACCUCGUCUCAAAACUUCCAAAAGCAGAUCAGAGGCUUCGUGACCCAAGUGUCAGUGAUGCAACAAUUGGGGCAGUUUUAGGCAUUCUUUUCGAGACUGUGAAGCAUUCAGCAGACUUUGCGAAAAGCCUUCAUGACUGUGGGGGUACUGAUCGUUUAAGGUUUCUUUCUCGUUCAUACCCCACUUAUGGUGCCAGAGUAUGCAAGUAUGCCUCACAGGUUCUGUUUGUCAUGUGGCAGCACAAAGAGCUUCAUGAUGGGUUCAGAAGACAGGGUUUGUCGGAAAGUGAUUUUUAUUCGGGAAUAUCUUCUCGUGUCAAAGAGUCUACCACCCUUGCUAGGCCCAUAUCGUCCCAAGGUCCUGAAAGGCCUGCAUACUUACGCAGUGAAAAUCUUGAUGAUUCCUCUGGUGGUUACAGCAUGUACACCCCCGGCGCUUAUAGUAGUACAUAUUCUGUACCUGGGAACACUAGUGCAGAAUACGCUACUGCCACAUAUAGUGGUAGGCCGACCUCUCAGGGCCUAGUACAGUACGGGCGCCAAACUCCCUUGCAGCAGACGCGGACACGAGAAAGGGGAGAGCCACUUUACGCUUCUGUACACAAGCGUAAUGGAGCUGAUGAUUCAAUCAGUGGAAAUAGUUGGGUAUGAAU